CCACAUAAACUCAUUCCAACAUGUCCAAUCAAGCAUCACCACCGUUCAUUCCCCUCCUUGUGCUCCUCAUUAUACUCCACGUGGCACAGAUCAUCGCCGUUGAUAACACUGCUGGAACCUCAGCAGGCCCCACAGAGGACCACCAUCCUGACUCCACUCUAGAGUUGUACAUGCACGACAUUCUUGGGGGCAGUGGGCCCACAGCCAGGCCCAUAACUGGCUUGCUAGGGAACAUCUACAACGGUCAGAUCCCCUUCGCCAGGCCCCUUGGAUUCAUCCCUCCAAAAGGUGGGGUCCCACUUCCCAAUGCCAACGGUGCAAUCCCCACCGUCAAUGGCAAUAACGGUGUCCCCUUGGGAACUGGGCUAGCCGGGACAACUUUCAUGGGGACCUCAAAUGGGCCGACUGUGUCCAAUCAGGCCCAGUUAGGACCCGACGGUCUAGGGCUGGGAUUCGGUACAAUCACGGUCAUUGAUGAUGUGCUGACCAUGGGACCUGAUCUAGGGUCCCAGGCAGUCGGAAAGGCUCAGGGUGUCUACGUGGCCAGCUCUGCUGAUGGGGCCACACAGAUGAUGGCAUUCACGGCCAUGAUCGAGGGUGGGGAAUACGGCGAUAGCCUGAAUUUCUUCGGAGUCUAUAAGAUCGGGAGUGCCACGUCACAUUUAUCGGUGACCGGCGGCACCGGCAAGUUCAAGAAUGCAUGUGGGUUCGCCGAGGUCCGAUCGCUGUUUCCAUCUGGCCAGCAUGUAAUGGACGGCACAGAGACAUUGCUGAGGAUCACCGUCCAUCUCACCUACUAAAGUCCAAGGGGAGGGAAUCAAAGGCUGAGAUUGAAAUUUGUGGGUGUGUAUGUGAUAUGUGGGAGUAUUUUUAGUCCCUUAUUAUGUGUUAGGUGUGAGGUGCGGGUCACAUUUAAAUGUGUAUCCCUCAGUACCAUGUAAUGGUGUUAUGAAAUAAUUCAAGU